UGAGAUACUUUGUAUGGAUACUCUGGUUCAAGAGGCUAUUCAGGCUUUCCUUAGAAAUGAAACUGUAACUGAGGUGGAAACACAUAAAGAAGAUUUAUCAAAAGAAGUUCAAGCAAGAUAUUAAGGAUUCAAACAUGACGACUAUUGCAGAAAUAAUUCCUACUGAGGAGAAAAAAGAUGAGAAUCUACCACAACAAGAUGAAGUGAUUAUUAAACCACCAUCAGCCCAGGAUGUGAGAAUAAGACUUACUAAUCGUGCUCAACUUGGUUCAAAAUGUGAAAAGUUGCUCAAGAGAGGAAGAAGUAUCCCCGAUGUACUGCUAAUUCAAAUCAUGGUGAAUGCUAUUAAUGAAAUAUCAUCAGACAAAGGAUGGAUCUUGGAUGGUUUUCCAAUGACCAUAAAUCAAGCAAAACUUCUUGAGGAAGCCCUUACAGGGUUCAACACAGAUCAACCAGAACAUGAAAUAAAGGCUCACAAAAAAUCAACAUUGGUUUUUGAUCCAUCUGCUCCCAAAGACCCCCCUCCUCCCCCACCUGCAUUUGAUUUUGUUAUGUUGCUGGAUAUAACUGACACAUUGGUGCUGAAUCGUGUGAUGGGAGAGGAGAAAAGAAACACUGACACAACUGGUAUACCAGAAAGUGCAACUUCAGAAAUGUUUCCUGAAGAACAAGAAAAGUUUGAACUUUUGAGGGAUCAGAUACAACACAGAAUUUUAGGUUUCUUGGACAACUGGCCAGAGCUGGAAAAAUGGUUUUCAGGAAAACAAGACAUUCUAAUCACAGUCAAUGCAGAAGUAGAUAAAAGGGCUUUAGCCACAAAACUACAAGAGCUUUUUAUUGCUGAACUGAGGAAAAAAGAAGCUAAAGCAAAACAGGAAUUAGAAGAACAGGAAGAGGAAAGGAAAAAGAAAGAAGCCCUCCCACCUGAACCGCCACCUCCACCUCCCCCUGAACCAGAAGAAGAGCCAAAGGAAGCAAAAGGGAAAGGAAAAGGGAAAGGUAAAGGUGCUAAAGAAGGAAAAGGAAAGAAAGACACUUCUCCCAAGGGCAAAGAUGCUGCUAAAGAAGCAAAAGCAAAGAAAAGUGAAACUUCUCCAAAAGGCAAAGGAAGGUCACCAGACAAGAGGUCACCUGAAGAUAAAACAUCACCUCCUGCACCUCCAGGACCACCACCAGUCAAAGCAGGAUCAGAAGACUGGGUCUAUGUGGAUGAGCCACUUCCUCAGGAAAUAUUUGAAUAUCUAGACACUUUUUGGGAAGUAAUAGAAAGUUCAUACAUAAAUACCAGCAAAGCUAUAUUCAGACAGAUAAGAGAUGAGAGACAUAGUGUACUUUAUUAUCUACAUAAUGUCAGACUAAAUUACCAGGGAUAUCUGAAACGGCCAGAUCACAAGCAGGAAUUUGUAUCACAAUGGCAGGAGGAUUUUAACAACCUCCCUGAAGACUUAUGGGAGGAUGAGGAAACAAAAGCUGAACUACACCAAAGAGUCAAUGAUUUAAGGGACCGCCUGUGGGAUAUAUGUGAUACUCGAAAGGAAGAGGCAGAACAAGAACGUGCUGAUAUCAUUGAUGAAUCCUGGUUACAAGAUCAUCUUGGAAUUCUUAUGAAUCAUUUCUUUUCUUUGAUGCAGGUGGAACUUAGCCGUUUCCAGGACAUAAAGACUUUUCUACAAGAUUACUAUAGGGGAAUGGAAGGAAAAAUCCCCACCGACCUUGCUAAAUCUGGAUAUACUCGAGUUCCCCUUAUAGAUCUUGAUGAAGAGGAUACCGAUAUCACCUCCAAAAUUCCUCUGUCAGAAGAAGAAGAAGAAGAAAAAAAGGAAUUGACUCCACACCAAAAAAUCCCUGUAAUUCCUCGGAGACAGCCUUCUCCUGAAGGACUAUUAAACAAGCCCAGAAGUAAACUAUCCCUGAGAGGAGGCAGACCUGAUUACUGCUUAGAAAAUGUCCAACUCAAAUUUGAAAGAGAUGAGAAGACCCUUAUGACUAUAUGGCAGAAUACAUCUUCAGCCAUCAACCUCUUGGUAAAUUCUGAAAUACAGUUGAGGAAACUAGAAGAUGAUAAAGAAAACAAACCAACAUCAACUAAAGAAAAAUCUCCUCAAGAUGGUGGCAAAGGUCCUAAAGGUGCUAAGAAAAAGCCAGAUAAGAAGAAAGUUCCAUCACCAGUUGAAGCCGUUUCUAUGGUUCUAACACCAGAAGAACAGGAGGCUCUUGAUAAGAGGAAUGAAUUGAAAAUGAAAAUAAAGGAAGAACAUAUUACAGCUCUUCAGUGUGAAGCACAAGCUUCAAUAUUCCGACUGGAACUGAUCAAGAUGAAGGCCUUAUCUUACAUGGAAGAGCUGCUAGGAAGAGCAGUUGAGGUUUACAAACUGAUGGACAAAUGGCUCGGAGCCCGAUACUUAGCUGAAAUGGCAAGUGUGGAAAAAUUAACUGAAGUGGCUCACUACCACAUUGAAACCUCAACAAGGAUUCAGAAUGAACUUAUUUUAAAUGAAGAAGAUUUCUACAUCAAUGGUGAUGUGAAAGUCUUUCCAGAUCCGCUUCCUCCCGUCCGGCCUCCACCUGUGGAGAAAGAAAUGAAUACUUUUCUCACUCUUGAACAACUCAACACCCUUCGAAAUGAGUUUCUCCAGAUGGCACCAAAAGCCAAAACACCAUGGAAGUAUUUUAAAAAAGGAAUCUCUUCAGUUGAUACUAGAAGACAUGCUGAGGAAAAGAAAAGGCUAAGAAAUCUUGACUAUUACCUACCUAAGAGGAACAACCAAUUUUUGAAAAUUUGGCUAAAAAAAUACCCUUGGCUCGUGUAUGAUGACAGGUCAGACUUAAUGUUCUGUGGCUUGUGUCGCAAACAUGGAGUGAGCUCAGGAGGAAACCAUGUUAGCUUUUUUUAUGGCACCAACAACUUUAGGACUGAAUUUCUCCAAGCACAUGACAAUAGUGAGGCACACACGAAGGCUGUUCUAGCAGAAGCAACAGGGGUUUCUUCCCUGACUGAUGCUGCCAAGGAGCAGAUUCUAAAGAACAGGAACAAAGUAAUCUUGGGAAGAAUAGAAAACCUCUUUAGAACAUGUCAUGCUAUUGCCAAGACUGGACGUCCCCUCAAAGACUUUGUCUGGAUGUGUAAACUGGAUGAUAUGAAGGGUGUAGACGUUGGCCCAAUAUUCAGGACUGACAAGUCAGCCAGAACUUUCAUAUACUUUAUUGCUGAAGUAGAACGCAUAUGUCUUCGAGAGAAAUUAGAAAAAUGUAAGUUCUUCUCACUCAUCAGUGAUGGUGGCUCAGGCAGCUUCAUAGAAGACACCAAAGUUGUUUACAUCCAGUUUGCAUAUGAGGGCAGGGUCUGCUGUCAGGUUGUUGGAGUACAGACUGUGGACAAAAUUGAACCGGUGGCAAUAAAAAGUGCCAUUGAAAAAACACUUGAGAUAAAUCUUCAACUAAAUCUGUCUAGCAAAGACUGGUCCAAAAAACUCGUUGGGUUUGGAAGUGAUGGUGCAUCUGUCAUGGUGGGAGAGAACAAUGGUGUAGCCAGGCUUCUGAAAGAAAUUCAGCCAUGUGUGCAAACAGUCCACUGCUUUGCACAUAGACUUGAACUAGCCUACCAAGAAGCAUUGCAGAGCAUCCAAUUAUACAGUACUAUGAAUGAUCUUCUCCAGAAUAUAUAUUAUUUUUAUCAUGAUUCACCUUCAAAUACAAAAGCUCUGAUAGCUGCCUUUGAAGACCUUAAAAUCCGCCCUGUGAUUCCCUCUCGAGUUGGCAACAACAGAUGGCUCCCUCGGUUACAGAUGGCUCUACAAAUCUUUCUCAAAGGAUAUUCUCCAAUUGUCAAGCAAUUAAGAACAAUGCAUGAAGGCAGAAGUUCCGCUGAUCAACAGAAAGCUCAAGAGCUCCUACAGUUCCUUCUCCAAGCUGAGGUUGUCAGAUUUGCUCACUUCUUGCUGGAUGUAAUCAACGUCCUCAGCAUUUUGUCUCGAGUCAAUCAGGACAGAAAUUCAUCAAUAGGAGAUGUAUUUGCAACCCUACAAUCAACACUAGGAACACUCAAGAUGUAUAAAAAAAGACCAGGUCCAAAGGAACGUCUGACAGAGUCAGCCACACACUUUCAUGGUAACCAACUGACAGGAAAUGGAAAUAUCUCUGAAGUACGAAACACAGUCUUAACAAAUCUCUCAAAGCAUCUUCAUGAUUGUUUCAGUGAUGCCAGCCAUGAUGUGGUGAGGGCGACCACUAUUGGAAGUUUCAAAUUAUGGCCAAGAAAGCUAGAUCAAGAGUUUGGUGAGAAAGAGGUAACAAUUCUUACAAAGCAUUAUGAACCUGUGUUGGAAGGGGCCAAUGUGAACAUUGAUGAAGUGGACACAGAAUGGAGCAUGAUGAAAUUAGAGAUUUAUAAUCGAUUUCAGAACAUCCGAAAGUUAACCUGGGAUAUUGUGAAUUCCAUCUACUCAUACAAGUAUCCCAAUAUAUUGACCCUAGUGGAUCUGGUGCUGACACUCCCUGCAAGUUCAGCUGAGGCGGAACGUGGGUUCAGUCAGAUGAAACUAGCCAAGUCACAAAUGCAUUUUAAAACAGAUCCUGAGAACAUGACAGACAUUUUAAUAAUCCAGUUGAAUUCUCCAGACAUCAAUAAGUUUGAUCCCAAGAAAGCCAUCCAUCUAUGGAAUACUUCUUGGCAGAGAAAUACACUUCCACCAAUUGACCACACAAUAACCAAGUCAGAUUGCUCCUCUAGCUCAGAUAGUCUUUAUGAAAGUGAUUAGCAUUGUGGAAAAGAAAAAAAAAUUGGACUUCAUAUUUUUUUCACAUAAAGUCUAGAGGUCUUCAUACAACUAUUAUCAAAUGUUUCCAUACUAGAAUUUAAAAGCAAAUAAUCAGCUAAAUUUCUUCUAGAAGAACUGGUGUCCAGAUCUACUUUAAAUCACCUUGGAUGAUCAAGGAAAUGGCUCUGAAGAUGCUCUUUGCCGAAACCUCCUGGGGCUUGUUGGACUACGAGUCAGGCUCCCUCGGUUCAAAUUCUGUGCUAGACAUUUACUAACUCGGUUGCCAGAAUCUCAGUUUCCUCAUCUGUAAAAGGGAGAUAAUAGCAUAUGCACUACUUACCUCACAGUUGCGAAAAAAGCAUUUUUGCAAACUAUGAUGCUCAGUACACACAUGGAUUCUUAUAACAAUGUUGUAUAAGUGCCAGCACCUUCACUAUGGAAUAUGGAAUGGCCAUAUUGUUAUACAGGAGGAAUGAUACUGUACUUGGAGAUAAAAAAGACCUGAGUUUGAAUCCUGUGUCUCUUACCUACUACCUGUGUGACCAGAGGGAAAUUCUAAACCUCUCUCAGCUUCAAAACCCUAUAGGAUUUCAGUUUUCUCUUCUGUAAAAUGAGAGUUCUUGGACUAGAGGAAAUCUAUGGCCCCUUCCAGAACCAAAUCCUCUAAUGCCUCUUUUCGAGAGCUCUGUUGACCAGGGAUUAGCACAGACAAGACUCAGUUUCUCAUUCAUUAAGAUACUACUGGAGCACAGCAGACUUCGCAUUAAGGGAAUAGUCUAAAUAAAUAGGAUUUCAGUACUUCCCUCUUGGGCAUGAUUGUCAGAGUUUCUGUUGUAGCUGUGUAUCAAAUUGACAAGUACAUCUCUGGGCUUCCAGUACAUUCAUGGAAAUUCUGUCGUUUUGUGCUUCAUAACAUGAAUUGUCCUUUUUUAGAUUCCUGGAGGAAAAAACAUAUAUACAAAUUUAAAAUUGUAUUUUAAUGUAGUGUGUGCACAAUAACCAGUGAGAUAAAUUCAAAUAUGUGUGUUAAACAAUUAAAAUGUAUGUUAAACAUGUAUAAGCACUAAUUCACACAUAAAUUCUUAUAAUGUGUUUUUGUUGUUCUUCACAUUUAUGCCUCCAUUUUAAUUCAUUUUGAUUAAUCUUUUUUUUUAUUUUAAUUAGUCAAUUUGGAACAUUUUUCCUUGGUUACAAGAAUCAUAUUCUUUCCCUCCCCUCCCCCUCCCCCUCCCCCUUCCUGUAGCCGACAUGCAAUUUCACUGGGUUUACAUGUGUCCUUGAUCAAAACUUACUUUCAUGUUGUUGAUGUUUGCACUAGGGUGAUCAUUUAGAGUCUACAUCCCCAGUCAUAUCCCCAUUGACUCAUGUGAUCAAGCAGUUGUUUUUCUUCUGUGUUUCUGCUCCCACAGUUCUUUCUCUGGAUGUGGAUAGUUUUCUUUCUCAUAAAUCCCCCUGAGUUGUUCAGGGUCAUUGCAUUGCCACUAAUGGAGAAGUCCAUUACAUUUGAUUGUACCACAGUGUAUCAAUCUCUUUAUAUAAUGUUCUUCUGGUUCUGCUCCUCUCACUCUGCAUCAAUUCCUGGAGGUCAUUCCAGUCCCCAUGGAAUUCCUCCAUUUUAUUGUUCCUUUGGGCACAAUAGUAUUCCAUCACCAAUAUAUUCCACAAUCAGCCAUUCCCCAAUUGAUGGGAUCCCCUCAUUUUCCAAUUUUUUUGCCACCACAAAGAGUGCAGCUAUGAAUAUUCUUGUACAUGUCUUUCUCAUUAUUAUCUCUUUGGGGGUACAAACCCAGCAGUAGUAUUGCUGGAUCAAAGGGAAGAUAUUCUUUUAUCGCCCUUUGGGCAUAGUUCCAAAUUGCCCUCCAGAAUGGUUGGAUCAGUUCACAACUCCACCAGCAAUGAAUUAAUGUCCCUACCUUGUCACAUCCCCUCCAACACUCAUUAUUUUCCGUUGCUGUCAUGUUAGCCAAUCUGCUAGGUGUGAGGUGAUACCUCAGAGUUGUUCUGAUUUAUAUCUCUCUGAUUAUAAGAGAUUUAGAACACUUUUUCAUGUGCUUAUUGGUGGUUUUGAUUUCUUUAUCUGAAAAUUGCCUAUUCAUGCCCCUUGCCCAUUUUGAUUAAUCUUAAUAAGUUCUUGACUUCUGUCUUUCUAAAUAUUGAGGUCUAAUUUAGUAUUACUAAAUUCAUUUAGCAAGAGUUCUUCAACUGAGAUCCACAAACUUAAAAAAAAUUUUUGAUACAUGAAUUUCAAUAUAUUUGGUUUUCUUUGUAAUAGAUUAUUGAAUUUUAUGCAUUGAAAAACACUCUUCUGAGAAGAUUGUAACACCUUUGUAUCUCUCACUACCCUAUAAUGUUCAAAAGAUAAUUCAUGGAGGAAAUGUGGUACUUCACUGAGUUGAAAGCCAGGUCUAGUGAUGGAGCAUCCUGGGUUCAAAUUUGGCCUCAGAUGUGUGACCCUGGGCAAGUCACUUAAACCCCUUGCCUAGCCCUUACUGCUUUUCUGCUUUAGAACUGAUAUACAGUAGAGAUUCUAAGAUGGAAGGUAAGGGUUUUAAAAAAAAAGGAAAGGUAAUUCUCUUCUGAAAUGCCACUUCACAUAAGAAGAAGAGAGGAUCAUCUUUUUGCACUGAAGAAAUUACCUACCACAUUUGAAACUGAACAUGCAGCUCGGACUCAUAAACUUUAAAGUUAUAUAUAUGAACAGACAGUUUGAACUCAUAAAAUUUUUUAAAGUUAUUUCGUUUUGUCAGAAAGUUGUAACAGGUGACAAAGCUCAUUCAGGAUUUAAGAAACUGAAACAACUUAAUCGUUUUUUAAAAUUCAAGAAAUAGCAUCUCUGUUUCAUUCUUUUUAUUCCUAAAACAAGAACCCCUAUAUUAUCUGGACCUAAAAAGAACCCUGAAUAUCCAUAGGAAUCCCUCCUGGCCACAAAAGGUAUUAUGCAAUGUAGCAUCAGCUAUGUUCUGUUGGAAUGGAUUCAGCUCUUACUUUUAUUUAUCUUUUGCUUUUUGUUUUAAUGCAUGUGCAUGAAGUUUAAAACAAUCACCUCUGAGGAUAGUGAUUUUUGGAGUGUGGGUGGUAAAUCGAGUCAAUACACAUAAUUUCAGGAUAGUAAAAAAUGGGCAUUUUUUUCUUUCAUGAGGUACUUGGAAAUAUUUAACCAAUAAAUUUUUAAAUUAAGCAUAUACUUUCAAUCUAAUAAUUUAAUAAUGAGAUCAGUUCUCUCAUCUUUGGAAGGCAAAUACAUUCUGGUACAUGGGGAUCUGGUGAGGUAGACGUGUCUAAUUAAUUCAUAUAAUGCCAGGUAGGAAGCUUAGUGGAUUGAGAGCCAGACUUGUAGACAAGAGGUCCUGGGUUCAAAUUUGGCUUCAUAUAUGUUCUAGCUGUGUGGCACUGGGCUCCAUUGCCUAGCCUUUAUAACUCUUUUGUCUUGGGAACUAAUAAUGAGUAUUGAUUCUAAGAUGGAAGGCACAGAUUUAGGGGGGGAAAGAACAGGAUAUAUGUCUUUGACAUGUAUAUAAAACAUUCAACCCAUGCCUACCAAAAAGUUGACUUUAAAUACUCUUCCAAGAAUAACAAAAAAAUGCCCUCAUGUGAAGCAUGGGAAUUGAUUCUUAACAUGUGAAAAAUAGAAUGGGAAUGAACUCUUUCUGUAAAAUAUAGGCAUUUUUCACUUGAAAAGAACAAUUGUAGGGGGAAUGUGUUGAGCCUAUUAUCUCUUCUUUUUUCAAAAAGAGUACAUAUUUAAAUAUUACCUACUUCAGACAUUAAUUAUCCUUAGAAGUAGUUCUUACUAUUUUUUUUUUAUUCUUGGGACCUGGGGGAGGGAGGGG